AAAAAAGUAACAAGGGUGAGUUCAGGAUAAGAGAGAGGAAAGGCAGAGGCAGACAGAGAGAUGGCCGUCCAACUCCAACCGAGCUUUUUAUCCAUAUUCAAUUCGUCGAAGCACGAGAAUAAACCUAAGCCGCCCUUUCCCACAACCCAAAGAAGACCGACACUUGGAGUCAAAGCAGCGUCCAGCAGCAAUGCCCGGCAGCUCAUACAGUCUGGGGCCAUCAGGGCCAUACAGCCAAAGGACGCCGCCGCAGCCAUGGAUACCGAGGGCUUCCGACUCCUGGAUAUCCGGCCCGUGUGGGAGAGACAGAAAGCACAUGUGGAGGGUUCGCUCCACGUUCCAUUGUUUAUCGAGGACAAGGACAACGGUCCCAUUACUCUUCUCAAGAAGUGGGUGCAUUUUGGCUACAUUGGGCUAUGGACUGGCCAGUAUUUCACCACCAUGAAUCCUGAUUUUCUACUACAAGUUGAGAAGGCUGCUCCUGAAAAGAACUCUAAACUCCUUGUAGCAUGCGGUGAAGGUCUGAGGUCCAUUAUGGCAGCUACAAAGUUAUAUGAAGGAGGAUACAAGAAGUUGGGGUGGUUGGCUGGGGGCUUCAAUCGUGCGGGAGAAGAUGAUUUCAAAGCCGUACAAGGGACUGAGAAGUUGCAGUAUGCAACAAUAGGGGGUGCGUCGUACUAUUUCCUUCAAUUGCUCAUUUUCAUAGAAACUGUGGGAAAGAGUAAAUAAAGCUUUUGGUGAUGCUGUGUGUAUAUUUGGGUUCGAGUUUUUGUUAUAUCGAAGUAGCUGCAGGCAAUUAUUUUGGCCUUUAAGCCAGUAGACUUACACCUGCUGUAAGCCUGUACAGAAAUUUAAAAAAAAAAAAAAAAAAAAAAAAGAAGAAUGGCUGAGGGACGCCUGUAGAAAGCCUUUUUCACAGGAGGAAUGGUGAAGGCAAAGGGGACCUAAAAAAGGCAAACAUCGUGAUUUGUUGUAUAAUCAUACGUAAUUGGUAUAAUUAUAACCGGGGAAAAAUUGGAAUAAAAUAUCCAAGAAUCUUCACUAUUGGUAGAGUAUUAAUUUCACUAUUAUUCAUUAUUUUAUUAUUACUAUUCACUAUUAUUCAAUAUUCUAUCAUUAUUUCUUAUUACUUUUUCACUAUUAUGUACAGAAUAUCUGAAGAUCACCUCAACCCUAACGCAACAAAAUGAAUAAAAACAUUUCAAUUACGUUGAAUUUAGUGCGUGUAUUGUGAGAUUCCUAUACCAAGAAAUUGUAUUACAUUGUGGAAAUGUCAACCAGGAAAAAAAAACACGAGACAUGGUCAUUCCUUCCACCUUCAAAUGCUGCUACCUGAUGCCCCAGCUACAAUUUGUUGAAGUGAUGCGACCCCCCCCCCCCC